CUUCAUUUUGGGCAAUGGGGAAAGACACGGGCCGUCGCUACCCGCGCCCUUCCCUUGAUGUCCCCAUGGCGUAGCUUUGAAUCCUCGGUUUCCAUGGCGUGUUUUAUCAUUUCUGUCCAGUCGGAUUUGACACUGCUAUUGAACAUGAUGUACACCUGUGUUGCCCGACGCCAGGAUCUCCGCCGCCCCCGGAUACAUGGUAGACACCGACCAUGCGCUCGCGGAACUCGCUCCCCUCGCGCAUACCCCCGAGACAGCUGCGAGUGUUUCAUAUGGCAUAUGUACCGCCUGAGACGGUCAAGGAAAUCGUGCAGAAGGCGCGCGGCGAGCUGGGAGUGGAGACAAAGAGCGAGGUUCAGCUCGCAUCAUCUCUCGACCUUUCUGAGUUCAAGGAGACUCGCACAGGGUACCUGCAGGGCCGAAGGAAGGACCUUUGAACCAUGCAAAAAUCCUGCUGGAGGGGGGAGGGCAAGUUGGACUCGGACUUCGUCGGGGACGACAGCAACGAACUGGUCAACCCGGCUCAGAGCAUCUAGAAGUGGAAAGCUGCUGAGGAUGUUGUCCGGCACGCAGACGGCAGGCCUUUUUGCUGAACCUGUACUAUUUAAAACAUCGGGUUCCAGUACAAACGUCGGAGGCUCAAAGGUCGUUAUGGUAAUCGAUGUCAUGGUCCAUACGUGCUGUCACCUCCGUGGCUCCAAGGCGUCGUUGCACUCAGCAGCAGAAAUCAAGCAAUACACCACACUUAUACAGUAGUUGAACUGAAUGGCAAGUCACGUUCAGAACAACCCCACGGUCCUCUCGACCGUGAGUAUACCACGCGCAU